AUGUCCACCCUCACCCCCUCGCUCGCCAACACCACCGCCGCUUCCUCCCCCAUGCCUGCCUCCCCACGCCCUUCCAACGAGGGCGACCAGGCCCAGAUAGCCUCCAAGGACGCGCAAGACGCGCAAGACGACCAGGAAGAGGCAGACGAGGAUAAGCAGGUGGUCGAGAAGAUGAUUGAGGAAGCACAAGAUGACCCUCAGGGUGUGUGGUUUGUUUGGUUCAAGAUCGCUUACUGUGAUGCUCCUUUGUCUUGCCUCUUGCUUUAA